AUGAAGGAGAAAGACCAUCCAAUCAAGCCCAGUCCUGUAUUUUCAUUCCCUGUCGAUUCCCGUCGGAUCGACCCCACCAAGCCGUGUACCAAUAGUUUGAAACCCGAUGGCUCCAACAAUAAUAAUGAUCGAGUGGACAUUGGACCAACUCCGCUGGCUUUCAGUGAGUGGAAGCGCCUGGGCCUACAGCCGCCUCACCUACCAACCAUGCGUGCAUAUCGCCUGCAGCGCCUUUGCGAUCAAUUAACUACUGGAAACCUCGGUGGUAUCCUCUUAUUCGACCCACUGAACAUUCGGUACGCCACUGACACUACCAACAUGCAACUGUGGACCGCUCACAAUCCCGCUCGGGCAUGCUUUGUCUCGGCGAACGGCUACUUAGUGCUGUGGGACUUCCAUGAAUGCGAUCAUCUUUCAGCUCAUCUGCCUCUGAUAAGUGAGUUACGCUCUGGCGCCUCAUUCUUUUAUUUUGAAACAGGCGAUCGUACCGAUGAACAUGCUGCGACCUUUGCUACGCAAGUCGACAAAGUACUCCGAAAGCAUGCUGGGGAUAACCGCCGACUAGCCGUUGACCGCAUCGAGGUUGCUGGGCUACGUGCGCUUGAGAAAUUAGGAGUGGAAGUCUCCAGUGGACAGGCUGUCACUGAACACGCGCGGAUGAUCAAGGGGCCCGACGAGAUACUAGCUAUGCGCUGUGCAAUUGCUUCUUGUGAGGCUGCAAUUAGCGAAAUGCGUCAGGUUAUACGCGCCGGCGCCACUGAAAAUGAUGUCUGGGCUGCUUUGCACGCUGGCAAUAUUCGACGUGGUGGCGAAUGGAUCGAAACUCGUCUUCUUAGUUCUGGACCACGCACCAAUCCUUGGUACCAAGAAUGUGGUCCGCGCGUACUUCAGGACGGAGACUUGGUGGCUCUCGACACUGACCUCGUUGGCGUAUACGGUAUGUGCGUCGAUAUAUCCCGUACCUGGAUUUGCGGGGACCGCGAGCCUACGGCAGAACAGAAACGUCUGUAUCGUAUUGCUUAUGAGCAUAUCACCACGAAUGCGAAGAUGGUCAAACCCGGUGUCAAAUUUACGGAGCUGACACGCAAUGGCCAUCGCCUGCCUGAGAGUUGUCGCGCUCAGAGAUAUAGUGUGAUGUUCCAUGGUGUUGGCUUGUGCGACGAGUAUCCGUGUAUCCGUUACCCUGAAGACUUGGACUCAUACGGCUACGAAGGAGAAUUACAAGCAGGAAUGGUGUUGUGUGUUGAGGCCUAUGUUGGUGAAGUCGGCGGUAAGGACGGCAUCAAAUUGGAAAACCAGCUACUUGUAACUGAUACAGGCUGUGAAUUAUUGAGUUAUUAUCCAUUCGAGGAGAAGUUUCUGCAUGACCGAUCACGAGUACCCAGUGAAACACUUCCUAGUCAAAUUUAA